GCUAAGCACAAAGACUAUUUAUGCCCCUUUAUCAAUUUAUUAUUAUUUACAAUUACCAAUAAAUAUUAGUACUAGUACAUUAUUAUAAAUCAAUGAAUUAUAAAAAUCGAAAGCUUUUUUGAGGCGAAAUCAAGCGCUCCUCCAAACACAAAAUAAAAUUGAGUGAAGACCCAGAUCUUCGAAUUUGAGCUUAAGAUUAUGGCUGAUAACCAAGUGGAUCCAUAUGACUAUUUUAUGGCUGAUGAAGGGGAUAUGUCUGAUUUCUUGGAUGAUGCUGAUGAGGAAUACUAUGGUGUCGCUGCUGCUAACGACACCGCUCUUGAUGAUUAUGACGUAACCGAUACAUCUGCUGCCCAAGCAAGAAAAGGAAAAGAUAUUCAGGGAAUACCAUGGGAAAGGCUAAAUAUCACGCGGGAGAGCUACAGAUCGACAAGGCUAGAGCAAUACAGGAAUUAUGAGAACAUCCCGUUAUCGGGUGAAGCAGUAGAUAAGGAAUGCAAACGAAUGCAAAAGGGUGGCUCCUACUAUGAGUUUUUUUACAAUACGAGAGUAGUAAAGCCUACUAUUCUGCACUUUCAGCUUAGAAAUUUGGUGUGGGCUACUUCAAAACAUGAUGUGUAUCUCAUGUCUAACUACUCUAUCAUGCACUGGUCAUCAUUAUCCCACAACUUGUCUGAGGUCUUAAACUUUUCAGGACAUGUGGCACCCACUGAGAAACAUGCUGGGAGCUUGUUGGAAGGUUUUACACAAACUCAGAUCAGCACACUUGCAGUAAGAAAAAAUUUUCUAGUUGCAGGGGGCUUUGAAGGAGAACUAGCUUGUAAGAGAUUGGAUAAAAAGGGUGUAAGUUUCUGCACGAGGACCACUUAUGAGGAUAAUGCCAUCACCAAUGCUGUCGAGAUAUAUGACAGUUUGAGCGGUGGAAUCCAUUUUAUGGCAUCUAACAAUGAUUGUGGGAUCAGAGAAUAUGACAUGGAAAAGUUUCAGCUUAUGAAUCAUUUCCGAUUUCCUUGGCCUGUGAAUCAUACUUCCGUGAGCCCCGACAGUAAAAUUCUUGCUGUUGUAGGAGAUGACCUUGAGGCACUUCUUGUGGAUUCCCAAAAUGGAAAGACUAUUUCUUCAGUUGUGGGUCACCUGGACUACUCUUUUGCUUCCGCAUGGCAUCCAGAUGGAAACAUUUUUGCAACAGGUAAUCAAGACAAGACAUGUAGAGUAUGGGAUCUAAGGAACCUUUCAAAGCCUGUUGCAGUUCUUAAAGGAAACAUGGGUGCAGUUCGAUCAGUCCGCUUCUCAUCAGAUGGACAAUUUUUGGUAGUGGCUGAACCUGCAGAUUUUGUCCAUGUCUAUAGUGCACGUGUAGAUUACCAAAAACGUCAAGAGAUCGAUUUCUUUGGGGAGAUUUCCGGGGUUUCUCUCAGCCCAGAUGACGAGUCUCUCUUCAUUGGCGUGUGGGACCGAACUUAUGCAAGCUUGCUACAGUACAAUAGAAUAAAUGAAUUUAAAUACCUAGAUUCAUAUAUGUAACCGGUCCAAGGAAUCUCUAGGAAUAAGGAAUGUAUCAAUCUGCAUGUGAGAGAUUCUUUCUAUUCUAUGAAGCAAAAUGGUCAGCCAAAGGUAACGGAGUCAUUUUUGUUCAAGACUUUUAACGGGAAGAUGUAUAGUUAAAAAACAAUUUCUAGUGUAGUGUGAACCCCUCCAUGUGGUACUGUUGUGUUUGUAAAAUACUCUUGGACUAUGGUGGUUUGAUGAGAUCAAACUAUCAUUGUUACAAUAGGGAGCGAAUAGACGAGUUUAUGUUGGCUGAUAAAAAGUAUGCCUUGAUAUUUGUCUGA